AUGGGCAGUCUUGCUAAACAGCAGAAAAUCCACCAUGCAGGGAAGCCUUAUGAAUGUAAUCAGUGUGGAACAGCGGCUAGCCAAAUUGUUUUUACAGCGCCUUCAUGGAGGCAAGAUGGAGCUUAUACAUGGAAAGAGUUGGUGACCUUCAAGGAUGUGGUAGUGAACUUCACUGAGGAGGAGUGGUGCCUCUUGGACCAUUCUCAGAAAGAGCUGUACAAGGAGGUCAUGCUAGAAAAUAUCCAGAAUUUGCUGUCCCUGGAUGGAGGGACCAAGUGUGAAGCUAAUGAAAUAACUAGAAAGCUGGGAAUUUUUGUGGAAGAACAUGAUUUGAAAAGAUUUUUGAGUGAUGCUCUCUGGGACUUCAGUUUGAGAGAAAUCUAUGACUUUAUUGUGAAGAUAGAUAACAACCCAAAGAGUGACUGUGACUUGGAUGAAAUUGGAAAGAGAUUCAGACAGUCUUCUAUCCUAAAUCACUGUAAGAAAAUGACCUCAGGGAAUGACUGUCCUGCAGACAUUGAAUAUAGGAAAUGCUUUAUGGAACAGGGAAAGCUUUUUCAGUCCUUGGAGAAGGCUCCUGGAAUGCAAAUGUGUCCCAGUAAUCAGAGGGAGAUGGCUGUGAGCUGGAGCUCAGACAUCAGUAAACAUCAGCAAAGUGAUACUGGAGAAAUGCUUUGUGUAAGUAAUAAAGGUGGAAAGGCCUUGAGUCAGAAGGCUGAGCACAUUACUCAUCAGCAAAUUCCCAAUAGAAUGGAAUCUGAUGAAUAUAAUAAGUGGGAAGCUCAGAGAAUCCACACUGGAGAGAAACUUAAUGAGUGUCAUCAGUGUGUAAAAGCUUUCACAGAGAGGGCCAGACUUACUGCACAUCAGAGAGUCCACAGCUUUAAAAAAAGGGGCAAUCAUGCUGCACGUCAGAAAAUCCACACUAGGGAGAAGCCUUAUGGAUGUGAUCGGUGUAGAAGGGCUUUCACAGAAAGCUCCCAUCUUGCUGCGCAUCAGAGAAUCCACACUAGGGAGAAGACUUAUGAAUGUAAUCAGUGUGAAAAGGCUUUUACACACAGGUGA